UAUAAAGGCGGGCGGGCUCGACUGCAAGCCCCACUAGCCAGUGUCAGCCUCUCGGCGGCGGGAGGCGGCGGCGGAGGAGGAGCAGGGGGAGGGCUGUCAAAUUCGGGAGCCAGAUUUUUUCCCCUUCCCCUGGCAAUCCCUUCCGCUUCCCCGGCUCCUGGCGUGACAUCUGCGGACCAGGGACCUGUAUGUGUGUGAGCGCGAAGGAGCGGAAGAAUGGCAGUGCUCAAACUCACCGACCAGCCACCCCUGGUCCAGGCCAUCUUCAGCGGCGACCCAGAGGAGAUACGGAUGCUCAUCCACAAAACGGAGGAUGUGAAUGCUCUGGAUGCUGAGAAGCGAACUCCCCUUCAUGUGGCCGCAUUUCUGGGAGAUGCAGAGAUUAUUGAACUCCUGAUUCUUUCAGGAGCUCGUGUGAAUGCCAAGGACAACAUGUGGCUGACCCCACUGCACCGGGCUGUUGCCUCCAGAAGUGAAGAAGCCGUGCAAGUAUUGAUCAAGCACUCGGCUGACGUCAAUGCAAGGGACAAGAACUGGCAGACCCCCCUGCACGUGGCAGCAGCCAACAAGGCUGUCAAGUGUGCGGAAGUGAUCAUUCCCCUGCUGAGCAGCGUCAACGUCUCCGACCGAGGGGGCCGCACAGCCUUGCACCACGCCGCGCUGAAUGGCCAUGUGGAGAUGGUCAAUUUACUCUUGGCCAAAGGGGCAAACAUCAAUGCAUUUGACAAGAAGGACCGGCGUGCUCUGCACUGGGCAGCGUAUAUGGGCCACCUGGACGUUGUGGCAUUGCUCAUUAACCACGGCGCAGAAGUCACGUGUAAGGAUAAGAAGGGUUACACCCCCCUGCAUGCUGCAGCCUCCAACGGACAGAUCAGUGUUGUCAAGCAUCUCCUGAAUCUGGGGGUGGAGAUCGAUGAAAUCAACGUCUACGGAAACACGGCUCUCCACCUGGCCUGCUACAACGGGCAGGACGCUGUGGUGAACGAGCUGACGGACUACGGUGCUAACGUGAACCAGCCCAACAACAGCGGCUUCACCCCUUUGCAUUUUGCUGCUGCCUCCACACACGGUGCUUUGUGUCUUGAGCUGCUCGUAAACAACGGGGCAGAUGUUAACAUCCAGAGUAAAGAUGGCAAAAGCCCACUACACAUGACAGCGGUCCACGGAAGGUUCACGCGGUCCCAAACCCUCAUUCAGAACGGAGGUGAAAUUGACUGUGUGGAUAAGGAUGGCAACACUCCCCUCCACGUGGCUGCCAGAUACGGUCAUGAGCUUUUGAUUAACACCCUAAUAACCAGCGGAGCUGACACAGCCAAGUGUGGAAUCCAUAGCAUGUUCCCCUUACACUUAGCUGCCCUAAAUGCUCACUCUGACUGCUGCAGAAAGUUGUUAUCAUCGGGACAAAAGUAUAGCAUAGUGUCCUUGUUUAGUAAUGAGCACGUGCUGUCUGCAGGCUUUGAAAUAGACACCCCAGAUAAGUUUGGAAGAACGUGCCUUCACGCUGCUGCUGCAGGAGGUAACGUGGAAUGUAUAAAACUCUUGCAGAGCAGUGGAGCGGAUUUCCAGAAAAAGGACAAGUGUGGGAGGACCCCUUUGCACUAUGCAGCUGCAAAUUGUCAUUUCCAUUGUAUUGAGACAUUAGUGACCACAGGGGCCAGCGUUAAUGAAACAGACGACUGGGGACGGACAGCUUUGCACUAUGCUGCUGCUUCAGACAUGGAUAGAAAAAGUAAGACAUCCUUAGGAAACGCCCAUGAAAAUUCUGAAGAACUUGAAAGAGCCAGAGAAGAAAAAGAAAAGGAAGCUGCACUAUGUCUAGAGUUUCUGCUUCAAAAUGAUGCAAAUCCAUCUAUCCGGGACAAGGAAGGUUACAAUAGCAUACAUUACGCAGCUGCCUAUGGCCACAGACAAUGUCUGGAACUGCUUCUGGAAAGAACCAACAGUGGUUUUGAAGAAUCAGAUUCCGGUGCUACGAAGAGUCCGCUCCACUUAGCCGCCUACAACGGGCACCAUCAAGCCUUGGAAGUCCUUCUGCAGUCGCUGGUGGACCUGGACAUCAGGGAUGAGAAAGGCCGCACUGCUCUGGAUCUGGCGGCCUUUAAGGGUCACACAGAAUGUGUGGAAGCACUUAUCAACCAGGGCGCAUCCAUCUUCGUGAAAGACAAUGUAACCAAAAGAACCCCACUUCAUGCCUCAGUAAUUAAUGGUCACACACUGUGUUUGCGGCUGUUGCUAGAAAUCGCAGACAACCCAGAAGCGGUGGACGUGAAAGAUGCCAAAGGACAAACCCCACUGAUGCUUGCGGUGGCAUAUGGACAUAUUGAUGCUGUCUCAUUGUUACUUGAAAAAGAAGCGAAUGUGGAUGCCGUCGACGUCAUGGGGUGCACAGCCUUGCACAGAGGGAUUAUGACAGGACACGAGGAAUGCGUGCAAAUGCUGCUGGAACAAGAAGUGUCAAUUCUCUGCAAAGACUCCAGAGGAAGGACACCCUUGCAUUACGCAGCUGCUCGUGGCCACGCCACGUGGCUGAGUGAGCUGCUCCAGAUGGCGCUUUCGGAGGAAGACUGUUCUUUCAAAGAUAACCAAGGCUACACGCCACUGCACUGGGCUUGUUAUAAUGGUAAUGAAAACUGUAUAGAGGUACUUUUGGAGCAAAAAUGUUUUCGCACAUUUAGCGGCAAUCCCUUCACUCCACUGCACUGUGCAAUAAUAAAUGAUCAUGAGAGUUGUGCAUCGUUGCUACUUGGGGCCAUAGACUCCAGUAUUGUCAAUUGCAGAGACGACAGAGGCAGGACACCGCUUCACGCGGCAGCAUUCGCUGAUCACGUGGAGUGCCUGCAGCUCCUCCUGAGACACAGCGCGCAAGUGAACGCGGCGGACGAUUCGGGGAGAACAGCGCUGAUGAUGGCUGCGGAGAAUGGGCAGGCGGGUGCCGUGGACGUUCUGGUGAACGUUGCCCAGGCAGAUCUGUCUGUAAAGGACAAGGACUUGAACACACCCUUGCAUUUGGCUUGUAGUAAAGGUCAUGAAAAAUGUGCCUUGUUAAUACUUGACAAGAUACAAGAUGAGAGCCUUAUUAACGCAAAAAAUAGUGCACUGCAGACACCCCUCCAUGUUGCUGCGCGCAAUGGCUUGAAGGUCGUGGUUAAAGAGCUGCUGGCCAAAGGGGCUUGUGUCCUCGCUGUGGACGAGAACGGUAUUGGAAUUAGCAGCUCAUGCCUAUUGCUCAGAAGUCAUACCCCGGCCCUGGCUUGUGCUCCUAACAAAGACGUGGCUGACUGCCUGGCCCUCAUUUUGGCUACCAUGAUGCCUUUUUCUCCUUCCAGUACAAUGACGGCUGUCAACUUCGUUUGUUUUAAAAAAGACAAUUUGAACAGGACGACCCUCUCCAAUCUGGGUAGCAUGGUUAGCCUGUGCAGUAACAACGUAGGCUCGGAGGAUGGGUACAAUGAAAAUGAUUCUGACUCGGAAACGUUUUGACUGCGGACUGUAGAAGUUUUUCUUGAUCAACCAUGUUGAAGAAAGGGAAAGAAGCUUGAAUUCCAGGUUUAUGUUGUGUUAUGUAUUAUGGGCCCGAGCUAGCAGAAGCCAGUAGAGAAGGAAUCAAUCAAACUGAGAGAGAGGAGCUAGGCAGUAGGAUAAAGCACUCACACACAUGGGCCCCAGUUUUGAUUUGUUUCAUGUUUUCCUUAGAUCUGAGAUACUUCUGUGAAAGUCUACCUCUAGUUUUAAGUAAGGAAUAAAGAAAUGCAUUUAAUUCUUUUUCUUUGAGGAUGAGAGGGAACUGUUGUUCUCUUGAAGUGUGUUUUUUUUUUCUUUUCAUUAUCUCACUUGGCCAUGAGUUCUCAGAAGUAUAUCAAUGUGACAUUCAUGUCCCCAGGGAGGGGAAAGAAGGGGGAGACAGGAAAUGCCUCCAACCUCUCCUCACUUUGAUGUUUACUUCCUCACUAGAAGCCAAAGGUAAAAGUGUUUAGCUUCAGAAAUAAUGCCUGUAAUAAUCUUUUCAAGGGAGUGAAACAAAUUUUUUCAAUUAACCUAUGUCCUCUCUAUAGUAACCACUUAAAUAUCCAGAACUUCUUUCUGAGGAUGUUUGUUCAAGUUGCCAGGUGAAGGUGGGAAAUUUGUUGAAAACUGAACUUGCUUUUUUUCAUUGAACACAAAUAUGAUGCCCACUGCUCCUCAUAGCAAGCCGGUGACUUAGUCUCACCUGUCGAUUGAAUCCAAAUCGAAUAACCUUUCAAGUGAAAAUUAUAUUGCACCAAAACUUUGAGACAUAUGCAAGUUUAAUAUGGAACUAUCCUUUACUGAUUCGCCCUUAAAUCAAAAUAGUAACUUUUAAACAAAUACUAGGACCAUCAGCAUUGUUCAUCAAUAGUAAAAUGUUCAAUGAGCGUCUCAGUCAAGGUUAUGCCAAGGGAGUGAAAGCGUGAUUGCAAAAGGGAACGAAGGAAGUAGAAGCAGGUGGUCGAAAUGGGUGAUGUGGAAAUUAAAGCCAGUUGAUAGUUGCUUGAUGAUGAAAUCAGCAUAGUGAAUACUGUAUCUGCUCCCUCUGCCAAAGCUUCUAGGUCAAAUGGACCCCGUUCCACACCUGGAAUAGCUGUACAAAAAGAAGAAUGAGACUCUUUAAAAAUUAUGCACAUACACAUGCGCUCAUAUAUGUAUGUAUAUAUAUAUAUAUAUGUCUGUAUUUCAUCGACCAGCUAUCCACGAGGACCAAAAUGCUUCAGUCUAAAAUGGAAGAUUUAAAUUGUUUUUCUUCAAAGUGAAAGUGAGAACUGAAGUAGCUUUUCUAUGUAGUUAAAAUGUAAUCGUUUUUUGCAUAAUAGUCCAAUGUAUUUUAUAUUUCUUAUGACAGAGAUUUCUAGUUGAUGGCUUAACAUUUGUAACUGCUAAUGUGUUGACCGCAGCUUUUUUUUUUUUUUGGCCAGACUAGAAAAAAUGUUCAUACACUUUUGAUGUAAAUGUGUUUAUAUUUAUUUGACAUGAAACAAAUGCCGAGAAAACAUCCUUUCUUCUCUCAUAUCAUUGCUCUGUGUCUCACUUGGAAUAACAAAAAAAAGCAGAAAAGCACACAGGGCCCUCCCUGGGCUAGCCAGCAGUGCUGGGGCCAAGCGCAGCAUUUCCACCGCUGAGGUUUCCCGCCCAUCCUCAGCAUCUCUCCCAUUGACUGCAGAGGGGUACCACGUCCAUCGCUCAUCCCCAGUGUGUGGCCAGCUUAGAGCUUAGAAGACGUUGGAGUCCUUAUGUUCUUCUGCCAGGUGAAACCUGAAGCGCACAGUAGAUCAUAUGCACAGAGGUGGACCGAGAAAGGUACAGAAAUUAUCCUAAAUACACUGAAAUCCCGCAGGGUCCCAGGACCCUAAUGGGAAACUCUAUCAGUGUGUGGGCACGGGCACCGAGACAAGUAAAAAUCACCAGCUCAAGUGCUAUUUUCCACGUGAGGAAGACACAGAAGAAAAUGUUGCGUUGGGGCAGCACUCUCUGACCACUUUAUAACUGGUUUCUUUUUCACCCUGGAAAUUUCAGCUUCAUAGUGUAUGUGAGAUAUUUUUAAAACAGUGUUCUAUCAUAUCUGGAUCAAAUACAGAUACUGUAUUAUAUUUUUCAUCUAAUUGUAAAAAACUUUAAUCUUACUCUUUUAAUAUCCUGGAUUUAAUUAAAAACGCACGCUGGGUUCUUCACAAAUGCAAACUGAUUCAGAGGACUUAUACCAUUGGUAUUAAUUUUACUGAAAAUUUUUAGUGCCACCAACAUUGUGUCUUUAAUUUCCCUCCUUCCUCUGUCCUUCCUCUUUGUUUAGAGAUGAAUUUUUUAACGUAGAUAAAUCGCUAAUGAGCAAUAAUGACUUUGUCAUUACCAAAACACUGAAAAUGAGAACGAUCCAACAUUGAAAAGCAUGAUAUACUGCGGUGUCUUUUUCUAGAAGUGAAUGGAAAUCUUGCUCAGUCGGCAUUGAAAGCAGGAGAAGAAAUAGCUGCUUGAAUGGUGAAGCAGCAUUAACAUUUUCCCGUAGAGCCUCCCAGAGAACAAGGAACGUUGCGGCAGAGCGGUGCCCUGCGACAUUAUCUCCAUGGAGCUGCAUUUUGACUUUCCCCUCCCUUACUGAUAGAAAGGAGGAGGACAAAGGAGCAAAAGGAAAUCCUGCUUGCUGCCAACCGUUCAUUAAAGCAAUCUCUCCUCUUUCUCUCGCCCCCCAAGACUAAUUUUUUUUCCUUUAAGAAAUGACUUUAAAAACUCUGAGUUCUGCGUUUGUCAGGUACAUCUCUUAGAAAUGAAAUUAGAUUUGCACAUAGCUUUUGAAAGAAAAAAAAAACACAAAACAUGCUUUUCGUUGUGUCUUAGUUGCUUAGUGCUUUUACCUAAAUGUGUUAUUUUUGGACUGUAUUUUAACCACAGCCACAGGGAUCAUGUUUCAUUGCACUUAACCUGUUUGCCAGUGUCUGCCUAUCCUUGGUAAAUACAUUACCAUCUCCAAAUUGCCUAAAAUCUGCUCUGAUUCUACAGUAAAUAGCUCAGGGGAUUUCUAUUUAUCACUACUAAAAGGGCACCAUAGUAUGUUUUGGUACUUUAGUCAGUAAACAGCUGCUUGAUUUAUUAUUUUAUUGUUAAAUUAGAACAAGAACAUCAAAUGGAUUUGCUGCACUAGUUAUUCUUUGUACUGUUGAGCAACUUGGUUUGUUUAUCUGUUGCGUUGGUUGAAGAACUCCUCCCUCUUUUUGUCUUGUAAUAUAAAGUUAGAGUGCCUUUUUAUAUUUGUAUAUUCUGAAAGUGUUCUGUGAAAUGUUUUGUAUUUUUUUCAUUUGAGUGUUACCAGAGCAAUAUAAUACCAGUGAGUUUUCAUUUCAGCCUUCCUUUGAAUGUAUAAAGUGUCUUUUUUCCUAUUUCCCCUUUUACCUGCUUUGAAAUGAAAAUGCUGAAGUUUUCACUAGGAGUUAUGUUUGAUUUCGCAGUGCUGAAAUGCUUUCUUCUUACAAAACUGUAAACCAUAGGUCAGUGUUAUAGGGGAAAAGCGUUCUAAGAUAGUGACAAUCUGAGUGUGUGUACAAAGUGUAAUCCUACGUGUUUCUUAUGCAGUGAUCUACAAACUCAAUGCAAAUACCUUUCGUUCGGUAGUUUGUCUACAGACUUUAUGCUUUAGCAUGUGCAAUAUAUCUUUGCAAAGCACGAUGAUACAAAUCUGGUGCCAGUGUUAUAUUUUGCAUAACAUAUUUGUAACAGCAUAAAAUAUUGUUUGAUGAGUUCAGUGGGAUUUUGUCUGUAAUGUUUUCUUAUGUAAAUUGGAGUUGAAUGACUCUAGUUAAUGUUAUGACUGUAAAAAUGAGGAAAAUGACUUUUAGUUCAGUGAAUGACUUUGAACCAAUCCGAAUCUCCUCAAGCACAGUUCAAUACUUUUUCAACUACUGAAUGCUAAUGAUGUAAUGAAGUGCUUAUCUGUAAUAUACUAUGGAAAUGCAUUCAGAUGGUUAUUUUUACAAAUAAAAACGGUACAAAUAUUGUUGCAA